UAUAUUCCCAAUUUUGUCUGGGCCUUUUCUGACCGUGAAUGCUAUCUAAACAUAAGGGGAGUUUUUUUCCAUCAAGGAGAAAUGAUGAUUGGUGCAUUUUUUCCUCUUCAUAUUUAUUACACACGGGGCAUUUUUCCUGAUACAAAGAUCACAUUUUCUCCUAAGGAAAUUGAUAUAGAGUAUAAGUUUAAGAACUACCAGUUUCUUCUGGCCCUGGUAUUUGCCAUUGAGGAGAUCAAUGGAAAUCCUCGUCUUCUACCCAACACAACCUUGGGCUUUGAGAUACAUAAUAUUGGAUCUACUGAAAAGUAUAUCCUUAUUCGCACCUUUUAUUGGCUCACAAGUGUGGAGAAUCAUCUACUUAAUUACAACUGUGCAAGAAAGAAAAUGUCACCUGCUGCACUCACAGGAACAUCAUGGGCAACAUCUGCUCACAUUGGGACAUUACUACAACUUUACAAAAUACCUCAGCUCUCUUUUGGGCCUUUUGAUUCAACCUUGAAUGACCAAGGUCAGUUUAAUUCUCUCUAUCAGAUGGCUCCCAAGGACACAUAUCUAUCACUUGCCAUAGUCUCUUUGAUGAUUCAUUUCAGAUGGUCCUGGGUUGGUCUGAUCCUCCCAGAUGACCACAGAGGAAAUCAGAUGCUGACAGAUUUGAGAAAAGAUAUGGAGAGUAAUGGCAUCUGCAUAGCCUUUUUGAAAUUUAUCUCUGGAAACAUGAAUUCACUUUCCAAUGAAUUAUGGAAAAACAUGGAGGAGAUUCAGGAAUCCUCAGCAAAUGUCAUAGUUAUAUAUGGGGACAUUGGAUCUUCACAAGGCUUAAUGCAACACAUUGGACACCUGUUUAUGACAUGGAAAGUCUGGGUCUUAAACUCUCAGUGGGAUGCUGUCAGCCAUGCUGAUUAUUUCAUGGUAGACUCAUUUCAUGGGAGUCUUAUUUUUACACACCAUCAUAAAGAGAUGGUUGAGUUUACAAAUUUUAUUCAAAGAGUUAAUCCCUACAAAUACCCUGAAGACACUUAUCUUCCUAAGUUUUGGUAUUUGUUCUUCAAGUGCUCAUUUUCUGAGCUUGACUGUCAACUUUUGGAGAACUGCCAACCCAAUGCUUCUUUGGAGCUACUGCCCAGACACAUUUUUGACCCAGCCAUGAAUGAAGAGAGCUACAAUAUAUAUAAUGCUGUGUAUGCUGUGGCCUACAGUCUCCAUGAGAUGAACCUUCAGCAAAUACAGAAGCAACCAUAUGCUAAUGGAAAAGAAUUAGAAUUCUUCCCCUGGCAGCUCCACCCUUUCCUAAAGAACACCCUUCUGGAAAAUCAUGUGAGCAGUGACACAGUAAUGGAUGAGGGAAGAAACUUAGACUCGGUGUAUGAUAUUCUCAACUUUUGGAAUUUUCCAAAAGGUCUAGGAUUAAAGGUGAAAGUAGGAAACUUUUCUCCAAUUGCUCCCCAGGGUCAACAGUUGUCUUUAUCUGAGCAGUUGAUUCAAUGGCCAAUAAGCUUUACAAAGAUUCCUCAGUCUGUGUGCAGUGAGAGCUGUAGGCCAGGAUUCAGGAAAGCCACCCAGGAAGGCAAGGCUGUCUGCUGCUUUGAUUGCACUCCUUGUGCAGAAAAUGAGAUUUCAAAUGAGACAG